CUCCAGCAGCGGGCCAGCGACCGAGGAACUAUCCGCGCGGGGAAAAGCACCGACGAACGCCGCACUCGGGAGCCCGUGUGACCGCGAAGGCAGAGCCCGCCUCUGUCGCCUCCAAGUGUCCGGGGCGAGUCUGAGAAUGUGCGGAUGAACUUGUCCGCGCCGAGUCGGCAGCAGCGAGUCGCACCGUCCGCAUGAGCUCGCACCGUGGGAAGUUGUGUGGAUUUUACCGGAGCGGGUGUUUUACUGUGACCGGGCGCUGGAGCCGCGAAGGAUGGAGACUUCCCAGAGUGGAGCUUAAUGUGCCCGCAGACAUACGGCUACAUGUGAAAUAUGACAGAUUCACCUUCUAAACACCACCCUGUGGGAUCUUCGGAGUUUUAAAGCGACAGCCACUGAAAGAAAACGAGGCAGACCAUCAAGAGAAAAGAGCUUUUCUUCAAGAGCCUGGAGGACUUGCUAUCACUACUACACAAAUGUGGACCAUCCAAAACGGUGUCAUCAAAUAGUCUGAGUAACUAAAUAUAUCUAACUGAUUAAACAUAGAACUGUGUCGUCAUGUCUGAUUGUAAAGACAUGACACAUCGCCACUUGCGGCACAAGCUACAGAGUCUUGGCCGCAGACUGGAUGAACUUGAAGAAGCCACCAACAAGCUGCAGAAGUCUGAAGAUGAGCUUCUUGACCUCCAGGACAAGAUCAUCCAGGCCGAGGGCAGCAACUCCUCCCUGCUUGCUGAUGUGGAGGCCCUGAGGAAACGUCUCUUAAGGAUCCAGGGUAAAGAUGAGGAGGUACGCAAAGCUGAGGACCUCUGUCGCACUGUCAGGGAGAAACUGGAAGAGGAGGAAAGUCUUACACAGGAGCUAAAGGCCGAUACUGAACGUCUACAACGGCGAAUGGCCGAACUGGAGAAACUGGAAGAAGCCUUUGGGAAAAGCAAGUCUGACUGCAGCCAGCUCUGCCUCGGUCUAAACGAGGAGAAGAACUUGACCAAGAAGCUCUCGUCUGAGUUGGAGACUCUCAAAGCCCGUUUAAAGGAGAUGGAGGGGUCUGAGACAAAGCUUGACAGAGCAGAGCAGGCUUUGGCUAUGGAGCUUGAGAAACUCAAGGGAUUCACCCAAGCCUUUGUGAAUGAGCGUAAGAGGCUACUAGAGAAACAGAGAGAGGACGAGAAGAGCAUUCUAAAGCUGACAGAAAAACUGGAGCACCAGAAAAAUCACCUUGGCAUAUCUCCAGAUCCUGGCCGGCCAGAUUCCAUGCGGUCACGAAUUGAGGAUGAGCUGUCAUCCACAGGGCUGCUCUCUAGUAAACUGGGUGGUCACAAGAAGAACCUUGACUACUUUAAGCUGCCAGAUGACAAUAUCAGUCUUAUGAACAAAUCUGAAAAUGAGAAGAACAGCGGCAUUGAAGGGUCGCAGGAAGAGGACAACAAGGUGAAAGAGUUGACGCAGGAAGUCGAGAGGCUGAAGAAUCGCCUCAAACAGCUGGAGAUAGUGGAGGAUGAUUUGAAAAGCUCAGAGUCCAAAAAUGGAGACCUUCAUGAGAAGUUCCAGAUGGAGCGAAACCGGGCUCGCCAAUUAAGUGAGCAGGUGGAACAGCUCAGGACACAGCUGUGUGGGAAAGCUGGGAUUGGAGGAAAUGGAAUCAGUAACAUAGAUAAACAUGGCAAUGGAAGCAGUAACAUCUGCCCCCCGAGCGUCCUGGAGAAUGGCAAAGCGGAGACUGAAGAGAUUAUGGUGAAGGGUGGUUUCAGACAAGAGAAGCCUAAAUAUAGGAGUGCUGCAGCUGGCUCAGAACCAAGCUCCCCUAAACACAGGAACAAGGAGUCUGUGAGGAGAGCCCUGAGUCCUUCUUCCAAGAUUAGGAGGACACCCAAAACCUUAACUACUGCAAUGUCAUCCGAUAACGGGAUACGAGACAUGGGACGAGGAACCGAGGAGAAGUCACGAGGAGCCGCAUUCAGCUCUGUAAACACACCUAGUGAUAUUAAAAAGUCUGUUCUUAGUCGCUACCCUCCAGCUGCUAAUGCCCAGAAGCCACUGAGGACAACUCACAAGCAGACGGAUGGGGAGACAAAAAAGAGCAGAGUAGAAAAGUCGUCAAAGUUGUACGCUGGCAGUGAUAGUGAAUCAAACAACUCUGACGUGGUGCCUGAAAGCUCCGGUAACAUCAACAGUCUCUCUGCACUAGAGAAGGACACAGCGUCUGCCUCAGAUCAGGAAUCAACAGACCAGGUUCAGGAAUCGGCCUCUGUUGCUUCCACGCUGUCCAAAGCCAACGGAUCAUUCACAGCCUACAGAUCUCAAGUCACUCCUCUGCUGACCAGUGACCAUGGGUCAGAGGGUCAUUCCUCUGCCUCGGAAACGGAAUCUACUGGUUCAAGACCAUAUGAACCAGAGCCACUGACUGAGACAGUUGCUACAACCGUAAGCAGUAGGACUCCAACCUCCAGACAUCCUAGAUACUCCCAUGUCCAUGACUCAAAUUCAGAGGGCUCUUCCUCCAGGAGUUCAUUUGAUGAGGAGCUCCACAGCAGGGCACAGUUUGCAGAGGGGGGCCACCAGGGGCCAACGCAUACUCCGUCAGGGAUUGAGAUCCAGCGAGUGUGCAGCCCUCGUGAGGCGCUGAGGUCUAGAGCUGUCAUCAAGCCCGCUAUUGUUGAGAUUGAUAGAAAGGAAAUUAUGAUUUCGGAACCUUUGUCCACCAACGGCAAACCCAAAAUCUCUACCAAACCAGUCGUGACCACGUCUAGUAAAAUAACCAGUAGUAUAACCAUCUACCCCAAUGACCCGAGCUCUUCCAGAACCAGCAGCCGCAGCAGCAGCGUGUGCAGUGAACCCAUGCCUGUCAAAGAGCGACACACAUCCACCAGUAACAUCCUCAUAGGUCCCGCCAGUGAGCACCGGGGCAGUAUUUCCGUCCCAUAUGAAUUCUCCAUCCUCAAGAGUGAGAUCGCUUUGCGGCCGUGCCAGGACCCGGACUACGGGUCAGACGAGCACAGUGAUUCCUCGUCAAAGUCCAAGCUCCACAGCACCUCCAGAGUGGAGACCAGUCAUCUGUGCUGCCAACGCAGCAACUUCAGCCUCCAGUCGACGGAUGCCACAUCCGGAGAAUUCAAUGACACAGAGUCUGGCUUCGAGAGCAACAGCAGUACCACCACGGUCACCAGCUGGAGAAGCCAAAGGCCGAGCCAAGAAGAGAGUGGACCAGACACGAAGAAUGUGACUGUGAGAAGCACCUGGAGGACCAGAAGCCCUGCCUCAGUGGAUGAGAUGGGGCGAGGGGCCACAAGGACGAUGGCAGAUGGUGGAUCUGAAGACGAGGCUGAAGCUGUAACAACAUGGAGAGCUUACCGGGCAACUACCACUUUAGAUAUGGAAGAAGCUGUUGGGAAUGCUGCGGCGCAGAAGGGAGCCAAGCCGUCUCCUGCAGAGGUCUACAUGCGGAGAAUCAAGAGUGGGGUUCCAAGCACUAAAGAAUCAGAGGAACAACUCAUGCGCAGAGGGAAACUUUCUCCGUCUCCCGCUCUGGAAACCGGAGGCAUGGUGAGGACAGUGCCCCACGCGCCUGUCACCUCUCAGUCCUGGGGACGAUCAUACGCCCAACAACCACCGGCUGCUGAUAGCGUAGAUCCCACUCCGAACUCCAGCCACAGCCCGGCCGCCUGGAGACGACAGCCUCCCAGCGGCGACCCGCACCACCUGGGGAGCUCUUACGACCGGGUGUCCAAGACAGCGGGAGCCUCCUCCAGAGGAGGGGAGCCGUGGUCCAGUCGGGGUCAAGGGUCCGGGGCCAAAGCAGAGGGGAGGAGCGGAGCAGGGAGUCGACCGUGGAGCCAUCGUCCGCCUGAAUAUCAAUAGACCGCUCGGGUCUGAACGGGACUUCAGCAGGAAGGAGGACAGCACUCCAUUAAGCCCUCACCGGCAAAAGCGGAGCCAAACACCGGUUCUCCCAUCAACUAACGGCUACACCUAUUACCACCACCUCCCACGGACGACAUCUGCGGCUUUUAUCACGAGCAAAGACAAGACAAAAAAAGUUGCAGCCGCAUAAAGAGCAACAAACCACGAAUUUGACCCUGAGAGCACACACACUGAGAUGUGAGCGGCUCUUCCCAUCCGGAAACCUUCUCCGUCCCCAAAGAGGCAUAAAUGGAAAGACCCAUGCCUGUCCAGCGUUCUGGAGGUCGCCUCACCAGCCCACGUAUCCUCUUCUGCUCCUUGCCUUGGAUGUAUUAUAGUGUAAUCCCAGAAUUUGACAAGGGAGAGGCUGGCAUGCUGGCGGACGGCUGGGGAUUAUAUCAUUUUUGUGGGUGCCAGAGAGGGUUUGAAGAGCGUCCGAGGAAGAAGGACUCACAACUUUGAGAAGACCUUUGUCCGAGGAUGCCACAGCUGGAUGUGUCGCUUUGGAAUCACAAAUUAAAAAAAAAAAAAAAAAAAAACUGCAUUUAUCAGCAGUAACAUGUUAAAUCUUCAUCUGAAAGGGGGGCUGGGAUCUUCAUGCUGAAUACUUCACAAACUAAAGGAUCUGUACAUUAACUGUGACCAAAAACAGAAAGCGAAUUACCCUCUUUGCAGACCCGAUUCACAUUUUCUCUCUGGGCUCAGUUCUAUUUUUUUGCUUCGACAAUUCAGUCAGACCAUCUGAUUUCUUUUCAUGAGUUUAUUUUACACUCAAACCAUACAAGCACAUGCACAUUUCUAGCAUUAGGGGUUAUUUUGAACCAUUUCCCCUGGCAUGCAGUGACCUCAAACUGGAUUCAAUCUUCGUUCUUAGAUGUCGAGUGAACACUUGCAUGUUGAAAGUCCAAAGUAAAAAAAAAAAUGAAGAGCACUUGAGAGAAUGUGACUUGGCAUACAUUACACUCUGCUCUGCCACACACAAACACACACAUACACACACACACACACACACAAUUUCUGACAGACUGGGACCUUACUUAUGCUUUUUGCCAUUUUCACCAGUUGUUUUUAAUGCUUUGUAAUUCGCUUCCUGUUCUGCAUCGUCCUUUUCCUCGUUGUCUGCUUAAUCAUAUCAAGAUAAGUAGUUUGCACGUAAUAAAAUGCAACGCACAUGUAUAAAAAUAGAAUGAUUUCGGGUGGGAAAAAGGGGGGGGGGGGUAUUGUUUAUAACCUUGAACCAUGCUACAGUUUCCAUGGUGCUUUGAUUCACGACUUGUCCUGCUCCGUGUCUUUAGAGAACGUUUUAAAGGUGAACAUUGGACUGUGGAUUACCAGCAAACCUGGCCUGGCAGGUCGGACCUUGUUAUUCAGUGCUGCUGUAAAUACUGUGUGAACUCGCCUGCCAGUCAUAGGAAAGACACGAGAGGAGCCGGACUGGGAACAUCACGAACUGGCGGUCGGGCUCGCGUGUGAGUGACUGGGUUCGCCGUGCGAAAUCGUCCCAGCUUUCUUUCAUCUGAAGAGGUUUAUUAUUUUUGCUAUGUCAUGAUAAUAUCAAUUUAUGGUUUGUAUGUUGGAGCGAUCUCUCAUUGGUGGUGGGGGGGGGGAGAUAGGCCAUAGCAGCGAUGGGUUGCCACAGAAACGGAUUUCAUGGUGGCCAGUAAUUAGAUAAGUUGUGUUCUUCAAGGAAACCUCACUGUUAUUUUCAAGUUUGUGUCAUUCAACUGCUGGAUUUUAGGUUAAAGUCACGGGUUUAACUGCAGAUUGAGAGACGCUGUAAACGUUGAUCCCAGAACAAAAUGUACCCACAAUGCAAAGGAACACACCGAUCCAUCAGGGCAGCGUCGUGUUUCUCCUGAAUGUCCCGUACGGCCGCCGCAGUAACACAACUGUGACUGUGAGAGCUCUGGACACAUGGGAUCUGCCUAUGAACGUUCCCUCUCUCUGCUGCUCUGUAUCCGAGUGCUGUUGAGUGGAGAUGUUCCGAUACCAUAAGACCGAGUAGCGAUCAGACACCAGUGCAUUUGAUAUAAAUAACAACUCGUAUAAUGUAUUUUAACAGUUGUAUGAUAACAACCCCGUAUGUAAGUGAUCAUUGUUUGCUGAUCACUCUGAAAAA